AUGUCCAUCGCAAGGGCAUUCACGACCCGUAGGGUCAAGCAGAGUCUGGAGAGCGCCGGCGUGGAGCGCAGCAACUCCACGAGGGGCGCUUCCUCACUGCGCAACAAGAUCUCGAGCCCCAUCGCUCUCACACAUACGACGAACAUGCUAUCGUAUAACGCCCCCGACAUCCACACACUGACAUCCCCCUCAUCAACAACAACAACUUCUUCCCCCAGACCGGACGACGACUUCUCCGACGGCGUCGCUACCUCAAACUCAACUCCCCCUACCAGUCCCGAUAUCGACUCGUCUCCUAAGUCCUCUAAGCAGUCACAACCACAGCAAUCAGCAGUCCCCAAUCACCUCUCAUCAUACUUCACUCUCUCUGCACAAUCCCCCGAAGCCACAGCCAAAUCUGCCCCUACCCCACCUGCCAUUCCGCGUCGUUCUCCAUCCCACACGACGAAGCCCUAUUCUGGCCUCAGCAAUGGCGGUACGACACUCGAACGACAACGCUCAACCUCGGGUAUGUCGCAACAGUCGCAGCGCACAGCGUCAACCAAGACGAGCUUCUCCUACUCGCGGUCCAGCUCAGCGAGUACCAGCACCAGCGCGACAUCGCAUAAUUCCGGUAUCGUUGCGCAUCAUCACGUCAAGUUCUCUGGUGCUACCACAGCGAGCACAGCAUCAUCGCCGCUUACGCCACCUACGCCGCCGUCGCAUGCCCCAUCAUUUUCAGCCGCUUCCUCGACCCUCUCAUCACCGACAGCCAGACACCAGCCUACGUUUCCUCAGCAGCAGCAGCAGCAACAACAACAACAAGAAGAAGAGAACCGUGGUGAACGGCAUAGGUACCAGCAUAGAAAGGACUCUUCCAACACGACGACCGGCAGCCUGAGCAGUCACCCCUUUGGCAAGGAACUGGCGCAGGUGACGGAGAUUGCGGAGGAGUAUGGGGUUAAGGAGCAGGUCGUGAAGGUUUCGGCUAUCACCACCAGCAGCUCGACAUCACACAGUCAUGGAGUAGUGUCUGUGGAGGCAGAUGAGCAGGCUAUGAAGGCAAAGGGGCUGAGAAAGUGUGCGCCGGAGGAGUAUCUGAGUGAUGUAAGAGGGUUGUUUGCCAGUUUCUUUUUGGGAAGUGUUUCAUCGGGAGCUGCGGCUAUGUUACCGCCGUUGAUAUCUCCGCCGCCAGCGACAGCACUGCCGACACCGCCGUUAGCAAGCAGGGGAGGUGCGCAUAGCCCCCCGCAGCCGGUGCAUCAUGUGCCAUUGCCGAUUGCGGCAGGCGGGGAAACUUGGAUUUAA